UAAUCCUGAACCGAGACCGAUAAGGGGAGCGGGCUUUCUCCAUUCUCUUCCUUUCUCCAGUCCGUGGCGCGGGUCCACUCAACAUUUCGUUUCUUUUAUGUUUAAUUAUUUUUUGAAAAUAUUCUUCAUCUGGCGAACAACUGCGAAAGCUCCGAGUCUGGUAAAGUUUAUUUCCCGGUGAAUAAUUCUUCCAUCUGGGGACUCCAGAGCCUCCCGUCUUCACCCACAGCGCUGUGGGGUUUCCGAGCAGGAACAGAACUUUUCAAAUGCAAAACUACAUGUAUGAGAAAGCGAUGGCCCAAGAGACAAGGAACGGAGGAACCUCGACGUUGAACAACAAUGGUGUUGACAACAGAAACAGGAAAGUGCUCGUUGUGCUCGACAUCUUCUGUCUCCUGCUCGCCAUGCUGCCGAGCCUGGUUCUGCAUCGUUCUUCUGUUCAUCCAUACCAGAGGGGUUUUUACUGCAGUGACUCCAGCCUGAACUACCCCUACAAGAGCAGCACCGUACCCUCUUCAGUGCUCAUUUCUGUUGGCAUGACACUACCCAUGGUGUCUAUUGUGAUUGGAGAGUGCUACAGGAUUCAUCAGCUACAAGAGGGAACCACGUCGUUUGUUGGGAAUCCUUACGUUGCGGCUCUCUACAAACAGAUAGGCGUGUUCCUCUUCGGCUCUGCCGUUAGCCAGUCAUUCACAGACAUUGCCAAAGUGUCGGUGGGUCGGAUGAGACCCCACUUCUUAGACGUGUGCAGGCCGGACUUUUCCACCAUCAACUGUUCGCUGGGAUACAUCACCAACUAUACCUGCAGAGGUGAAGAGAGUCAAGUACAGGAAGCCAGGAAAUCCUUCUUCUCUGGACACGCCUCCUUCUCCCUGUACACUAUGCUGUAUCUGGCUUUUUACAUCCAGUCCAGGUUUACUUGGCGCGGCGCUCGUCUUCUCCGCCCGUUGCUUCAGUUCACUUUGUUGAUGAUGGCCUUCUACACGGGCUUGUCACGUGUAUCCGACCAUAAGCACCAUCCGACUGAUGUCCUGGCGGGCUUUGUGCAGGGAGCCCUGGUGGCCUACUGCAUAGUGUUCUACGUGUCGGACCUGUUCAAGCCCAGGGCGAAGCCAUCCACGCCUCCGCCCUCCCCGAUCAAGAAGGAGCUGCUCUCUUCAUCCGACAUCAUUGACAGGAACAACCAUCACAACAUGGUGUGAGGGAGGCAGCCCUGUCUCUCCCAUGACAGAGGAGCCAAUCACCUCCCCUGAUGCAUCCACCCCCCACCCCCCCAUCGGACAGUAGAAUGUAGCGACAAGAGACUGUAGCUGCUUGUUAGAUGGCAUCCUCCUCUCCUUCGUCUGCAGGGCCCAUCGGGAUACUUCUGUGGACUAACCAGGGUGUCAGAUUUGAGAUUUGCACAGCAGAGUCCACUCUCACUAUCCAGACGUAUUACCAGUCGAUAAAUACUAACCACCAUUCGAGCCCAUUUAUUUGUGCACAAGCGGAAAAGAAUUGGAGAGCUGAAGGUAAAUGAAUGAAGAAAACUAAUGACUUGACAGGCAGAGUUGGAGGUGCUGGGGUUUGAUAGAAGAUGCUCCACGUGAAGGAAAAUCAAUGGAGCCAAAAAAGAUUCAAUUUGAAGAAGAAAAAAGAUAAACCCCUUGCCUGAAGAGAGAGGAUGCGUUCCUCUCUGAACUCUCUGUGGCCUUCGAUCACUGUGGGACAACAACUUCCUUUAGUUAGGGAAGGAUUUUACUGCAAUAAGUAGCAGCAACAAAUAUUAGCAAGAUAGAAAUGUGUAACUUACAGCACUGUUUCAACUACAUUAUCCAUUAUCACCACUUGCUGCCUGAGACGUUUGACUGAAAAAGAGAAAUUCUUGACACUUCUGAACACACGAGACAAAAACAUCUAAGACAGUAAAACCCAGAAUGACAAGGCACUGCUCCACUUUGGCCUUUAAACAGAAUCAACACCCUGCAGCCUUAAAUAUGUUCAUCUCCAUGUCAGUGUGUCAAGCUUUUUGCAGUGGACUUCCAGUGCAGCCUAAACGGGAUGUUGCAGUUCUUGACGUUAGAAGUAAUGAAGGGGGGGAAAUGGUCUGUUGAGGAAGGGAGGCAGACUAUCCCAGCACCUGCACAGGAGGUGAGGCUGUGCCACACCUCUAACAGGAGCCAGAGCCAUCUGUCUGGAUUCCUGAAUGACAGGAAGUGGGACGGAGUGAGAGGUCUGUCACCACAGGGAGAGAGUAAGGAUUUACAGCCAAGCUGGCACAUUUUUUGGGGGAUGAUUUGAGCUCUUUCCGCUGGCUGGGAGGGGCUCUAAGCCACCCAAUCCCUCAAUGGCAAUGGAUGUGUGUCUCUCAAUGUGUGUGUGUGUGUGCGUGUUUGUGUGAUAUGUUUGCAUCGCUGUGCCCUGUGAACAGGAACCCCCCUCUUGAUUAGAUGUGUGUGUGUGUGUGUGUGUGCGUGCGUGCGUGCGUGUGUGUGUGUGUGUGUGCGUCAGAAAGCGUCAGAGCAGGUGAACCUUAUAAAAACUGUGGAUCUAAUGCUUUUAGCCUCUACCCUUGCAUGUUGAUAGGCUGUCUCGUCGAAUCACUAACCGUUCUGCAGCAGAGGACUUGCAGCCUUCUCAGAUCCUCUCACCCAACAACACACGCCACCAUGUUGCACAUCUUUUCUGCCGUAUAGUCCGUCCUAUCAUUUCACAAAGCCGUUUCACUCUUUUUUUAUAAAUAUAUAAAUAAUGUAUAGAUCACUAAAAAAUUAACUCUGUAAAAUAUUGUUUCUUAACGUGUUUACAUAUUAUCCACUAUGAUUACAGACCUGUGUUCUUUAUAAAAUGCUGCUUAAAAGCAUCCGUUGACAGAUUUUUUUGUAUCUAGAUGAGUUAUUGUAGAUUGUAAUAGUUGCAUUUGUAUUUGCAUUUAAGAAAUACAACCUGAAAUAUAUGAAAUUCAACAUUAGUAUUUUUGUAUUGUCUCAUUUUUUUGUACAAAAGAAAUGAUAGUUAUGCUGUUUUUUCCUGCUAAACAUACGUGGCUCCAUUUUAUGUGCUUUUAAAUAAAAAGCUCAUUAUGAACUCA